AGAGAACACAAACGUGAACAUCAUGCAGUACUAAACCUAGGAACCUGUUUCAUGAAUACCACGUGGGAAACACAACGAUCCCGUUCAUACUGCUGAGGGUUUAGUGAAACGAUAACAUUGAAACAUUCGUCUGCAUUGAACUGUUCCUGUUGAAGUCUGGACUUAAUUCUGGAUUAACGAAUUAUAGACUGGCCCACGUGUCUGAAACCUUUAUCACUGAAGGCGGGGCAACAGCACUAAACACGGAAACACUACAGUGACACAGCCUUACUUUGCUUCUUUUGGUCAUAAUGACACCAAACGGAAUAUUAUCAGCGUAACGUAAGUAGAUUAUAGAUGUCACGUGAGCAAGUGAUUGGAUAACGACAAAGCCACCGCUCCUGUAUAUCGGUCGUCCGCAAGCUGGGGAUAUGGGGAACGCUUACUCCAGUGAGGAAACGGAGAAGGAGAAAAUUCAGAAACAACGCCAUAAAUACAUUGAAUCCCGUCUGAAGAGAGAUAAGACCGUUGUAAACAAAUCCCAGCGCGACAAACACAACGAUGGCGCGGGCAAUUCAAAUAUUACAAAUGGCGGCACCAAGCGACCAGGAAUUGACCGAAAUACAUCCAGUCUUGACGAGGUGGACCACAAGGCUUCGUGUGUUGACCCUAAGGAUUACGAGUUUCCCUUCGAGAACAUUGUGUUCGAGGGGGGAGGAAACAAGGGCCUGGCUCAUUGUGGAGCACUAAAGUACCUGGAGGAAAUUGGUGCUCUCCCCAAAUUACGUCGGAUGGCAGGGGCAAGCGCUGGAGCCAUGGUGGCGUGUCUGGUCGCCGUCGGAUACCGUUGGUACGAGAUCGAAGACUUCUUGGGACAAAAUCUUGCAGAUAUAUUUCUAGAUCAUACGUGUGGCUACUGCAGUCUUCUGCCCAACCUGCUCAAGAAUUAUGGCUGGAACCCUGGUAACAGGAUAUUUGAGUGGUUUGGUGCCAAACUGAAGGAUAAAACUGGCUCAGCUGACACCACAUUUGAACAGUUGAAGAGUAAGUAUGGCCGCGAGCUGUGCGUGGUAGUGACCAAUCUGAACCUGAUGAACACUGAAUACUGCCACCCCAAAACCACACCGGAUAUGCCACUCAGAGUCGCUGUGCGCAUGUCCAUGUCCAUUCCAGGGAUGUUCACUGCCACCAAGUACACGUUGUACGGGGAGACUGAUCUCUUUGUGGAUGGGGGGAUACUCUGCAACUACCCCAUCCAUUGUUUUGAUGGCUGGUAUCUCUCCAUGGCGCAAGGAGACAGUUUCAUCCAAAGACUUCAGCCUCUGAGUGAUCUACCGCGCCUGUUCGAUAGGAAGAACAGGUUCGGGGAGUACAACCCCAAAACUCUCGGCCUCCUCCUGUAUGCUGACACUGAGAGAGACGUAUUGAGGUACACCCUGGAGAAGAGGAUCGGAGUGUUGUCACCGGAGAGGCCGGAGGAAGACACCAAGCUCUAUAUUCAACGGAUGAAGAAACAAAAGGACAUAGAGAAAGCUGAGAGAGAACACUGUAGAGUGACGCGGGCGGUGGACGCCUUCUUGAAGGUGCUGAAGAAACAUAACUUGGACGACAAUGACGUCAUAGACAGGAAGGAGCUUGAGGAUGCAUUCAAAGACGAGGAGGCUUUUCCCCGGAGUCAGGCUGAAAUCCUCUUCGGUGAGGAUGUGGAUGUACAGAAGGCGUUUGAGAUCCUCGAUCAAGAUGGAAACGGCCAGAUCAAGUAUAACGAGCUUGUCACUUUCAUAGAGGAACAUGGCAUUUGUCUGCAGACCCGUUUCCUUGGUUACCAGAGAAAGGAAGUCAAGAACCUGUUCACGUUCUUGGACUGCCUACAGUCGACUUUGCUGACGAAUGUGAAGAGGAUUUAUGUGGAGGAGAGAGACAUUGGGCGCACGGUCGGUAUCAACACCGGUCAUGUAGGCACGUCUGACUUCAUCCUUGAAGAUGAGGAUAGAGAGUUUGUGGUGCAGAGGGGCUACAACUCUUGUCGAGCGUUCUUACAGUAUUUUGUCGUGGAGAAUAACCCACCCAUGAAAAAGGCCGCAGAGAAAGAAGGAGAUUGUGAUGCUGAUAGUGAUACGACCAAAGUAGAUGUGGAAUUGAAGGCCGAAGAGACGGACAUAAUCGACAAGGACGAGAAGGAGAGGCAUCUUAAGGACCUUGUAAACUCCACACCUCGAAAUAUGACUUCUGUUGGGUGACACGUGAGGGCUUUGGAGGAUCAGAUGACACCUUUUCUGCUUUCACACCUGAACUACAAAUGUGUAUGUCUAAACAUACAUCUGCCUUGCUGUCUCUCUUGGAACACAAUUCGAUUCACAUACCCAGUUAACGCAUUUUCAUGUUUUCACAUUUGAUGAAUUAAUUCACGAGGUAUGAAACGUUCACAGCAUAUCGCUUUUUUGGGCCACGCCUUGUGCAUGUAUGUGUUUGAAGAUCUAAUAUUUCCUUGGUAUUUCCAUGUAAACCAGAUUGCCAACGCCCUUUUGGUAAGGGUAUUCGGCAGAGUGGUACGGGGAACCCAAAUAAAAAUCGUAUUUGGUACAUGAACGCAGAACCUUUCAAAAUAAGAUUAGUGAAUGUCUUUUCUGUAUUAUAAAUUUUUUUCUUUAUUAUAUUCAGUAGUUUAACAUCAAAUCGCACCCUUUACUAACCGAGGUUUUCGUCUGUUGACAUUCUGCCUCUGUAGAGUGAAUUCUGACAUAUGGCUUUGAGAUUUCUGUCAGUAGUAUUCGGGAUUCGUUGGUGAGCAAAUUAGACUCCGAGUGAAACAUAACAUGGUAUUCGGGUUUCAGGGGAGGAAGGUUUUGGCACCCUCAGAUCUACUGCUUGUCCUCCCCUCCGACACAACCUACGUAAGACUUGUGUUCAAUAUAUGUGUGUUACAUCGAUUCUCCUGGAACAAAAUUACGCACCGGCAUACGUGGAUUCAAAAUAGAAUGGUUGUGGUCUGCAUUUGGAAGCAACCAGUCAUACUGACGUCCUAAAUACAUAUAUCCAAAUCAUUUGGUGACAAUUCUUGUUCACAGUAUAAAAAUUAAUUGACUGAUAUUUUAACAAACGUCAAUAAUUUUCCGAAUUAUCCCCCACCAAUCCGCACUUGCACCACUGACUAUAUAUUUCCAUGGAAAUUAGUCCUUUGUGAUAUCUCAUCCUGUGUUGAUUGUCGGACGAAACAUUCGAUUUAAAAUGUAAUACUAAUAUUUUAACACAUACAUCAAAAUUGUUUAUCAAAUAACUUUUUGUAACUAUUCCAUGGCAAUGGUUUGCCGACCCUUUCAAAUGAUUCAUUAGCAUCUUUGAAUUUCUAUCACAUGAUAUGACUCAGCGAUCUGGAACCACCCUUUUCAGCAGCUAUCGAUGUAUCAUCAUGAAGAUAUUUCAAAUACAAUCGGAAUUUCGGGAUGAAAAUAAAUAAGGGUUGAUUGGUAUUUUUAACCAAUUUACGUAUGUACGAGCUUGUGAUCCAUACCCGCUGUGCAGAAUCUCUGGAAUCAAUGGUAUUUAAGUAUUUGUUGGAUAUCCCUGAAGUGUAUUUGAAACCAUCUUCAAAUAUGUUUCGUGUCCCUGAAUUGUAUUGUAAACCAUCUUCAUGUAUGUUUUGGUGUACUUGAAUUGUAUUUGAAAAACCAUUUUCAAAUAUGUUUUUGGUGUCCUUGAAUUGUAUUUGAAACCAUAUUCAAUAUAUGUUUGGUACCCCUGCCUUGUACUGGAAACCAUCUUCAUGUGUGUGUUAAUACUGCCAAUUACUGUACCCACACACACAGAUAAUACGUUAGCUCAUGACGGCGAGGGACACCAAACCUGGGGUUUCGUCCAUUUGGGGACUCUUCGACGACCGAAGUGGAACCACUUGGCGACCCUACCGCCAUCUCUGUGCUGUUGGCAUCCACUCUGUAGGGGAGUGACUGUAUGUACGAGAAAAUGCACUCUGUCAUUGGUGAUUCCUACGGCGUCCUAUAUGACGAUACAAUACCACAAUAUGUUUCCAUUCAAAGAAAUUCCAGUGUUUACAUAUCAGGUUGUGUUCUGUUUGUUUAGUUCACCACGUUUACAUGUCAUGUUGUCAAGUUGUUUCAUCAUUCUCAUCAUCUGUGCGAGCAUCGUUUUAUGCUUUGCUCGUCACUGUAUGGCUGAGAUACCGCCGAUGUGACGUUAAAUAUUAACUCACUCACUUUUAUUCUUUGUGACUACUGCAAGCAACGGGAAACGUCAUCUAUCUACACAUGCAGGCGUAUAGAUUUGUUAGAUAGUAGGCGAAACUAUAGUCAUUAUGUAUGGAUUCCACUGACAUGAAAUAUUAAAAAGGGAAAACAAAUCUAAAAUGAAAACGUACGGUUCACCAAAGUGUUGCAUGCAAUAGGACAAAUCCCAUGGUCGUUGAUACAAACUCGAAUAAGUUAAACACUGCACACAUUUUUUAGAUAAUUGUUUUUAUGAGAAACAAAAAUUGAAAUAUUAUUAGUAACUCCUACCGAUCAGGAGUUUUGUUUCUAAACAUAAUCCGGGAAUCAAGAAAUAAAAGCCGGUAGGACCAACUAUGAUUGGACUGAAAUAAACUGAUUAUUCGUGUAAGUUUUACUGACAUAUGAUACUAUCAGGAGCAUUGCAGACGAAACACUGAAACCUCCUUAACCCGGACCUUGUAAAUCCGGAAACACUGCAGUUCAUAUAUAAUUUGAGAUAAUUUCACGUAUCUACUAUACAUUAAAGCGCAUAUUUUUAUAUCAAGACGAUUCGAAAAACGUCUUUGUCCGAAAUACAUGGGUUACACUGCACAGCUUUUUGUGAUUUAGUAGAAAUACAUGAAAAAAUUAAACACGAUGAAGAUCGAUGUUUUAAAUGAACAUUACAGCUUUCUACUCUAUACAUUUUAACAUUUGGUGCAUUAACUGAAUUGAAUUGUUUAUUGUUUACAUAUCAUUUGUAUCUUUUGUCUUGCAUAUCAAUUUAAUGUUCUCAGAUGACCAAGAAUCACUGUUAUUAUAUCAAUGUUAUUGUAUCGAAAUAACCUAAUGACCAGUCGAGGUACACGUUCUUUGCAGACAAAGAGAAGGGGGUAAGGUAAUGUUUGGUUUAAAAGUACCCGUCGAGCGUUGAAAAAUCCCAAACGAGGCUUACAUUAAUAUCGUGUUUUUUUGUGCGUCGGGGCUGUUCUCUUAUUGCACGACUUUCUUCAAACGAUGUAUUACAUUGUACAUGUCAUGACUUGGGGUAUCGCUCGAUCCAGUGACUGACAUCAUGAGCAGUGAUCCACUCAAUUGGGAUACGAUGACAUGCAUCAGCCAAGUCAGCGACCCUGACCAUCCGAUCCCGUUGGACGCCUCUUACAAGCAUGGGUUUCUGAAGACAAUUCUUAUCCUGAUCUUCACGGGUCUGCUCGACGGUGUCUUUUAAGCAUACAAGACAUGCAUUGUGCAACACAUUCGUAUUUUCCAAAGCAAGACACCAGUUUUAUUACUAUUUCACUGUAUAACCUGCAAUUCCUGAAGUGUAAUGGUACGCCUUGUUCUCACUCUAAUUUUCAUGUAUCUGCAAUGUGAUGGUUUAACACUGAACGAUCUGGAUUUGGUAUGGUUUUCCCAAAUCUAUUUUCUUUUAAUAAAUGCAAUUACAAUUUC